UUUGCAUUGGUAUUUAAAACAAUGUGUUGACAAAAUUUGAUCGCGUUGGUAAACGUCAACUAUUUUAUUUAUUAAUUUUAUCAAUUUAGCAGGUAUCACUGCAAGAGAUAAAGUAAUAUUCAGUUAUGAUUCUGAGAAUAAAAAGUCAAUUCAUAGAAAUCUUUAAUAUUACAUUAAAGUCAAACAAGCGCAGUAUGGGCAGUCAGAUUACAUCUAAAUUGGUUUUUCAAAAUCACGGACCUCCAGCAAGUGUUGUGAAACUUGUCGAUGAGCCCAUAACCCCAUUAAGGCCGGAUGAGGUAUUGGUCAAAAUGCUAGCAGCGCCGAUAAACCCGGCAGACAUUAAUACUAUCGAAGGGGUGUACCCAUCAGAGCUAAAAUUACCAGCAGUUCCAGGUUUCGAAGGGGUAGGUAAAGUAGUGAAUGUGGGAGAUAAUAUAAAAGAACUAAAACCAAACGAUCACGUUGUACCGUUGAAGGAAACGUUAGGAACUUGGAGAACUUAUGCAAAGUUUCCAGGUCACUUGUUACUAAAAGUUCCCAAAGAUUUAGGUAUCGUUCAAGCCGCCACUCUCAUAAUAAAUCCUUGCACAGCGUACAGAAUGUUGAAGGACUUUGCAAACCUUAAACCAGGGGAUGUAAUCAUCCAAAACGGUGCAAAUUCUGCCGUUGGUCAGAACGUUAUACAAAUAGCAAAAAGAAUGGGACUGAAAACGGUGAACGUAGUCAGAGACAGACCGGAAAUUGUAGAUCUGAAGUGCACAUUAAAGAAUCUAGGUGCGCAUACUGUCCUUACUGAAGAAGAAGUCAAAAAAACGGAUAUAUUCAAAAAAAGUCUUCCCAAACCAAAACUUGCUUUGAAUUGCGUCGGUGGUCAAAAUGCGUUAGAAAUAUUGAAAACCCUUCAAGAGGGUUGCACCAUGGUGACUUAUGGAGGAAUGUCGCGAAAGCCGGUAAUUGCACCAACAUCAGCACUAAUCUUCAAAGACGUUCAUGUUAAAGGCUUUUGGGUUACUUCAUGGAAUAAACAAAUGUUCAAGAGUAAAAAGUGGCUCCAAAUGUAUAAUGAUUUGAUCAAUAUGAUGCUUAAAAAGGAACUGAAAGUGCCAAGUCACAAUUUUAUACAUUUUAAAGGCUAUAAGGAAGCUUUAGAAAAGGCUGUUGAUUCAAAAGGAUACCAAAAGAAAUUUAUUCUAAACUUUGAUUGAUAAGUUUUAACGGUUUGGUUUUUUUUAAUAGUUUUGGAAAUAACAUCUCUUCUUUGGUGAUAUGAAUGUUUAGAGAACUGCACGAUUUGAGUGAGUAGUUAUCUGGUAUAAGUCGAACACGCGACCAGAUAACAUAUUAUGAAACAAAUAAAAUCAAUCUUUUAAAGUAUUUGUUUUUAACGAAACAAAGUUCUUUAAAAUGGACUUUCAAUGCUCCAGCAUAAACAGAUCAAUUUGUGUAUGACUUUUACAAAGUCGUAAUAAAAUUACUGCACACAAACUGCA